UCCAUAAUUCAUCACCAUCCAUCCAUCCACCCAUCCAUAAUUCAUCAUCAUCCAUCCAUCCUUCUCUAGGACAGUUCCAGUUUCCCACUCUAGCAUGUGGAAGGCAAAGAGGGCCAGCUUGAGAUGGUCUCUAUGACUUGGAGGAAGAUGCUAUCAGUAUAGAGCAGAGGGGUCAGUUUCCUUCAGGAUCCUGGACUGGCUACUUGCAGGGUGGAUUGUGUGGGCCUAAGGAGGGAAAAGACCAUGGCAGGGGCUUGGGGAUCUCUGGGAUGGGGAGGAUGGAAUGGCUGCUGAUCUACGGAGAGGAACUUGAAGACUAUGUGUACCUCUCCUAAUCCCAGUCUCGCCUCGCUCACAGGGGCCCUAGGUCCCAAGGGGAGCGCUGAGCAGCUGGUCCUGAUCUACAGCACGCUGGGGCUCUGCCUCUGCGCGGUCCUCUGCUGCUUCCUCGUGGCCAUGGUUGCCUGCGUCCUCAAGAGGAACGGGGAGCCGCUCUCCAGCCAGCGCCCCGCGGGGCCUCGGAAGCCCACGCGCAGGUCCACCCAUGAUCCCGUCAUGGAGGCUGGUGGAGUCCCGGGCGCGAUGCCGGGGCCCGUGGAGACCUGCAGCUUGUGCUUCCCGGAGCGCGGGGCGCCCACCCAGGAGAGCGCGGGCACGGCCGGGACCCCAGGCCUGGAGGGCACCGGCAGGUCGGC